CCCCGCCGUCCGUCCCGCCCCGGCCGUGGCGUAGCCGGUCCCGGUUCCCGUGAUAACCGCGAGUGGGGCCGGCGCCGCUCCGGGCGUGUGCGGAGCGCGGCGGGGGAAGCAGCGCCAUGGGGGAGGCGGUCCGGGCCCUUCGCCGCCCUCAUUAGAGCCGCCGCCCGGCGCAGCUGGAGCCAUGGACAAAGCGGACAAGAAUGUCAAGCUGUCAGCUGAAGUAGAACCAUUUAUUCCUCAGAAGAAGGGUCCAGAAACACUAAUGAUCCCAAUGGCGCUUCCUAAUGACAGUGGAGGAAUUAAUGGCAUGGAACCRACUCCAAUCCCUAGCUACCUGAUCACUUGCUAUCCAUUUGUACAGGAAAACCCAUCCAACAGACAGUUUCCAUUAUAUAACAAUGACAUCAGAUGGCAGCAACCCAGCCCAAAUCCUGCAGGACCAUACCUUGCUUAUCCUAUAAUAUCUGCACAGCCACCUGUUUCUACAGAAUAUACUUAUUAUCAGCUGAUGCCAGCACCAUGUGCUCAGGUCAUGGGUUUCUAUCAUCCUUUCCCUACCCCGUAUCCUGCACCCUUUCAAGCAGCAAGUGCUGUAAGUACAGUUACUGCAGAAUGCACUGAGCGUCCCAGCCCGUCAGGUCAGAUCUUUCCCUUGUCCACUCAGCGGAGCAGAAGCAGUAACAGGGGACCAGUCAUACAAAAACAGCAACAGCAGUUACAGAUGCACAUAAAAAAUAAACGUCCUCCAGUGAAAAAUGUUGCCACUCAAAAGGAGACCAGUUCAUCAGGUCCUGAGAACAGAUCAAAGAUAGUUUUGUUGGUUGAUGCAUCACAGCAAACAGACUUUCCUUCAGAUAUAGCCAAUAAGUCACUUUCUGAGAGCGCCUCCACAAUGCUUUGGAAGUCAAAAGGCAGGCGUAGGAGAACUUCUCACCCUGCUGCAGAGUCCUCCAGUGAACAGGGUGCAAGUGAAGCAGACAUUGACAGUGACAGUGGCUAUUGUAGUCCUAAGCAUGGCAAUAACCAGGCUGCAGCUAUGGCUUCAAGAAACACAGAUUCUUGUGCAAUGAAUGUUGUAGAACCAUCGAUGAAUACAACUGGUAUAAGCUGGACUAAUGUAAAUUCCCAAGCAACUCAAAAAAAACCUUGGACUGAAAAAACUCAGACCUUUUCUAGAGGUGGAAGACAAGCUGAGCAAAGAAAUAAUCCACAGUCUGGUUUCAGAUGCAGAGACCACAGCACAUCUUCAGAAAGAAGGCAGAGUUUGCAGAAACGACACGAAAAAUCUUUAGCUGCGAGCCAGGCAAGCAGAGCAGAGCAGAGUCCUGAACCGCUGUAUUUUGAGGAUGAAGAUGAAUUUCCAGAGCUAAAUAGUGACAAUGGCAGCAGCAAAAGUAGUACUAUCCAGCAAAAGAUUUCACCCAAAGUAUUGGGCGACUUACCAGAGAAUUCUCCAAUCAAUAUWGUCCAAACUCCAAUUCCCAUUACAACCUCUGUACCAAAGCGUGCAAAAAGUCAGAAGAAGAAGGCCUUGGCUGCAGCUCUUGCAACAGCUCAAGAGUAUUCAGAGAUAAGCAUGGAACAGAAAAAACUUCAAGAGGCUUUAUCAAAAGCAGCUGGAAAGAAGAGCAAGACCCCUGUUCAGUUGGACUUGGGUGACAUGYUAGCAGCACUUGAAAAGCAGCAGCAAGCAAUGAAGGCUCGUCAGAUCACCAACACCCGGCCCCUCUCAUACACAGUUGGCAGUGCUGCUCCCUUUCAUACCAAAGAAUCUGCCAGCAGAAAGUCCUUAACAAAGGGACAGCCAUCUAUGGGUUGCCUUAAUCCUUUGGAUUCGACUGCCCCAAAAGUGAAAAGAGGAAAAGARAGAGAGAUUGCAAAACUGAAACGCCCUACAGCACUUAAAAAGAUUAUUUUGAAAGAGAGAGAAGAGAAGAAAGGCCGUUUAUCAGCUGACCACAGCCUUCUGAGCUCUGAUGAACAGAAAGAGGCUCAUUUAAACUUGACUGCUGACCAGUCUCAGGAGCUGGCCUCUCAGGAAGAAACUGGACUGAGUAUGCCUAGUGAUACUUCACUGUCUCCAGCAAGUCAGAAUUCUCCGUACUGCAUGACCCCAGUGUCACAGGGUUCACCYGCUAGUUCUGGAAUAGGCAGUCCAAUGGCAUCUUCUGCAAUAACCAAAAUUCACAGCAAGAGAUUCAGAGAAUACUGUAACCAAGUUCUAAGUAAAGAAAUAGAUGAGUGCGUGACUCUCCUAUUGCAAGAGCUUGUCAGCUUCCAGGAACGGAUUUACCAAAAGGAUCCCACGAGAGCUAAAGCAAGAAGAAGACUCGUUAUGGGGUUGCGUGAGGUCACGAAGCACAUGAAACUAAACAAGAUCAAGUGUGUAAUUAUAUCCCCCAACUGUGAAAAAAUUCAGUCAAAAGGUGGACUAGAUGAGGCUCUCUAUAAUGUAAUAGCCAUGGCACGGGAACAAGAAAUCCCAUUUGUCUUUGCUCUUGGCCGCAAGGCUCUUGGYCGCUGUGUGAACAAGCUGGUUCCUGUUAGUGUUGUGGGUAUCUUCAACUACUCGGGUGCUGAGGAUCUGUUUAAUAAGCUGGUAUCCCUGACUGAAGAGGCCAGGAAGGCCUACAGAGACAUGGUGUCUGCAAUGGAGCAGGAACAGGCAGAAGAAGCCUUGAAAAACGUCAAGAAGGCCCCACAUCACAUGGGUCAUUCUCGUAACCCUUCUGCAGCAAGUGCUAUCUCAUUCUGUAGUGUUAUUUCUGAACCCAUAUCUGAGGUCAAUGAGAAAGAAUACGAAACAAACUGGAGAAAUAUGGUGGAAACAUCUGAUGGGCUAGAGACCUCUGAAAAUGAGAGAGAAUCCGUGUGCAAGGSUGCGGUAUCAGAAAAAGCUGGUAAUGGCCAAAUGGAAAAAGCCACUCUUAAUAAACAACCACCUCUGGCUACAACUGGCGCUACCUCAGCAACAAAUCAUGGAAAAUCCACCACAGGUGACAAAGAUGAGGUGAAACCAGAUGACAAUCUGGAAUGGGCCUCGCAGCAGAGUACAGAAACAGGAUCCCUGGAUGGCAGCUGCCGAGACCUCUUGAAUUCCUCCAUGACCAGUACCACCAGUACUCUUGUGCCAGGAAUGCUGGAAGAGGAGGAGGAAGAGGAAGAUGAYGAUGAUGAGGAUUAUGCCCAUGAACCAAUUUCUGUAGAAGUUCAGCUUAACAGCAGAAUUGAAUCUUGGGUUUCAGAGACCCAGAGAACUAUGGAGACGCUGCAGCUYGGGAAGACCCUUAGUGGUGCUGAAGAAGACAAUGCAGAACAAAGUGAAGAGGAAGAAAUAGAGACUUCAGAGCAGGCUGAUCCURUCACUGAUGGGGAAGAAUGGACAAAUGAUAAGCACGCAAGUAACACUCAACAUAAGCCCACCAUCUGCAGUUCUUUGAAUAAAGAACACAUAGAUUCCAUCUAUAUGCCGUAAAAAUAAGCAGGAACUCAGGAACUUUUUAGAAAUUAUGUUAAAACUAAACUGUUGUAAAGGUUGCAGCCAUUAUUCCAUAUGCUUCAUCUCAACAUUUUGCACUGUUAAACAUUUAAUACGUGUAUUUAAUUCACAACAAUAUUUUUGUAGCUGUCUGUUACUUUUUUGAUUUAAAAACUAGCUUAGCACUUAAUCAGUAUUGAUUUCACAGAUUAGAAACUGUGUGGAGAAUUUGUCAGUAAGCAUUCAUUUGAUCUUUUGUAAAAGGAAGCAUCUUGUAACUCACCAGUUUUGAGCAAAAUUCUUUUGAGUUGUGACUCUUUCRCUUAUUUUCUAACAGGUAACCUAUAUUAACACAAAUUACCAACGAUUCAUGUUGGUGGUAUGGGGUUUUACUAGGCCUGUCAAUGUAUUUGGCCAUGCCCUUCUAGUCCUAUCUAGAAAUAAAAGGAAAAUUUUUAUUCUCUUUCAAGAAAAGCUAGAAAAAGCCAUUUAUAAUCUUAAUGAGAAUUAAAUAGUAGAGAAAUUGUGUAUGAUUCUUACGCUAAGAUAGAUGCAGCAUUUUAGUUGAUCUYGGUGAAUGCAUCAUUAAAAAGCUGCUGAUAGCUGGUUAUGAUAAGCUAUAAUAACUUUGAUUCCAGAAAAACUUUAAACCAGAGAGAUAUAAUUAAUGUUUUGCAGGGUUUUUUUACAAGGUAGAAAUAUUUCAUUAAGAAAAAAAAAAAAAACAAAAACAGGAAAGAAAACAGAAAUUCUCCAUUCUCUCUGCAGUUGCUGUCUGCCAAACCACACUAAGUGACUCACUAACCAUAAUCCCUAUUCAGGGCUUUUAGUAAACUGAUGACUUCCUCUCUCUCCUGUCACUUACCUCAGGAAUGCUGUUUUGCAUAUUGUCUUCUGCAUAACAUUGCAAAAAGCAAGAAUAAUCCUUUAACAGGUGUGAAUGGUAUGGUGGCUAUCUCUGCGUUCACCUGCGUGCUGUGAUCCUGACCAGGAURUAUCUUAACAACUCCUGCUGAAAAUGUGAUCUCUUUGUCUGUUCUUGCAGUUGUAAUGGCUUUAGGAGUUGACCUCUGAAUAGAAAAGAAAGUAGUUAUUCCARGAAAGGAGGAAGUGCCCUGUAGUUUGGGGAAGUAUUUCAGUGGUGCAGAGGUAAAAGAAACAAAAAUAUGCCCUUCCUGAGACAUACCUGUUGCUAGAGAAUUGUUUCAUGCUCUGCUCCAAAUACUGAAGUGAAAUGCAUUAACUGAGGAAUUUGUUUCAGACUGAGGUUGGAGUUUGUGUCUAAGCCUUGCACAUCAGGAGUCUGUUUUCCAUCUUUGUCUGGUAUUGGCAAGGGAUAUCCUAAAACUGCCAGCAGCAGGAGCUUCACUACAAGAGUAGCCAAAGAGUAACUCACGURAAUAACACUUUCAUAGCAAACAUAUGUUUCUUUUCAUUUCACUUGUUUUUUCUUGAUCACUUGUAUCAAAAUGCAUGAAAAGCCUCUGCGUAGGCUGAAAACCACAGGAAACUGAAGUUAGCUGAGUUGGGUGUUCAGUCCACACUUAGGAACAUGGGACCAAUGUUUAUAGUAGUAGUGAUGCUGGCGUUUUAAGUUGCACUGGGAAAAUAAGACUCCAGGUUUAGAAGACAUCUAGCCCUGGGUUUUUGGAUGCUAAUGAGAAUAAUAGAAACUGUGUAUUAUGUAAAUAAUGCUUUGAUAGCUAUAGGCAUAGCAAAUGCUAUGUAGAUAAGCAGUAUAGAGAGCUGCUACGACAACUGGCUGUUCUGUCACGUUCUUAGCUCCUUAAUGUAACCUUCCUAGGUGUUAGAACAGGCGUUUCAUAGGAAAACAAAGACUAAGGAAUGAUGCUUCCUGAAUGUUAAACCUUGUACUGUCCCUAUGGCAGAUUUUUACUGUCUGUAUGUUUUAAAAGUUUUUGCUUUAGGACAUGACAGGUGUUUGAACUGCUGACAAGCAAAACUCGCCCUUGGAUGUGUAAGCACAUCUCAGCACAGGUGAGAUUAGUGCAUACACUGAGGGCAAAACUUCACCGGAACAUCAAAAAACAAAGGUGUUUGUAGUUUCUUCUUUUGCUUUUUCAGUGCCAGUGAUUCAAAUGACUUUUGAUCUUGAAGUAUUAACAUCAAAGGCGCAUCUUUUUAUAUGUCUUUUCUGAACUUGGACUGUCAUUUUAAAAUUUUCUGACAUUUAUAUCAAAGAAGUCUUGUAAUAUUCAGCCCACUAUUUAACUGCAAUUUUGCUACAGGUUUAAUAGAGUUCUUGAAAGUGAUACAGCACUUACAAUUAUCUCUCAAUUUGCCAGCAAAUAAGGAACUAGUCUCUUUUUAAAAUGUGGCAGAUCACCCUUAGGGGAGCAAACUGAAACUGAGUAAAGAAAACUGGGUUUAGUGCUUCCUUUUUGAUAAGCUGGGAAUGAGCAAUAACUGUAAGAGUGAAAUUGCAAUUCCUUUGGGAGUGAUCCAUUUGCAUCUGAAAUUAGGGAAGUUCCUUGCCACUUGAAGCACUUAGGGAGAAUAUCUCACUGUGGUAAUUUUGGUUCUAUUAUCAACAAUUUAAGAAGAAAGCAUACAAAUGUUCUACAAUACCUUGAUUUUU